GCUCAUUCACUUUUCAUCCGUUGGCGGUGUCGGUUGAGUCGUCGGUCCAGUUAGUCGCGUGGUGGCCGGUUGCUGAGUUGCUGUAUUUUCGAUCAGGGUUUGCCUGCCUAAUUAAUUUGCGUGCACAGCCGGCACGAAUUGUCGUAAAUAAAGUGUGCGCACUUGCUUUAACACUUUUAUGUGCUAAGCCCAGUAAAUUGUGUCAAGUCAAUAAGGCACCUUGAAGUAAAGAAGCAGCAAACGGAGUCAUCUAGGAAGCGCUACAGGUUGUAAAUUAACACACAUACAUUAAAAUGGACAAAGUGGACACGAGUUUUAUUCCCGAUCUGCCAGUCAGUGGCCCGCUUUCAGUUUACCGCAAGCGUGCAAAUUUUGACUGGAAGCGCUUGCGUUUGAUAUUCGAAAAGGAGCAAGGACUGCGCAUAAAGUAUAAAGUAUGGCGCCGCCUGGAGAAUGAUCCACUCUUUGCGCAUGCCUCCCGCACUCUGCCCAUGGACGAACAGAAGCGUCUCGCUGCCAUGCAGGUGAACAAGAUGAAGCAACUGGAGCUGGUGCCCAAGGAGAUUGAGAGCCUCAGCUUCUCGGCCAAGACCAAGUACUUGAUGUUUAUCAAUGAGGCCUUGGCUAGCUACUCCGCCAGUCUCUCUGUGAAGAUUGCCCUCGGCGUGGGCUUGUUUAACAAUGCGAUACGAGCCAUGGGCACGGAUAAGCACACCAAGUACAUUGAGGCAGCCUGGAAUCGAGAGAUCAUCACCUGUCUGGCCGUAACGGAGUUGUCGCACGGAAGCAACACGAAACGCAUUCGCACCACAGCCACCUAUGAUCCAAGUACUCAGGAGUUUGUGGUCAAUACACCGGACUUUGAGGCGGCCAAAUGCUGGGUGGGCAAUCUGGGUAAAAUGGCCACUGUGGCCAUGACAUUUGCCAAUCUCAUCACAGCCGAUGGCGAGAAUCAUGGCUUACACGGCUUCCUCAUCCCCAUACGGGAUCCGAAGACACUGCUCUCGUAUCCGGGAGUGCUCGUUGGUGACAUUGGCGAGAAGUGUGGCCUGAAUGGCAUCGACAACGGUUUUGUGGUAUUCACCAACUAUCGCAUACCACGCGACAAUCUAUUGAAUCGCACUGGCAACGUCACUCCCGAGGGCGUCUACGAGAGCGUCUUCGCGGAGCCCGGCAAGGCUCUUGGCGCUGCUUUGGAGAGCUUCUCUGCCGGCCGCAUUGGCAUCAUGCAGGAGUCGGCCAACACGCUCUGUUCUGCUGCUGUCAUUGCUGUUCGCUAUGCGGCUGUGCGCAAACAGUUUGGCCCAGAGCGUCAGGGUGAAGAAAUGGCCAUAAUUGAGUAUCAGCUGCAUCAAUAUCGCAUCUUUCCCUAUCUGGCUGCCGCUUGUGUGCAGAAGAUUGCGGUCGAGGAGCUGACCAACACUUAUCUGGAGAUCAUUGCCCGCUCCCAGGCCGAUGCCAAUGGAUUUGAUGUGUUGACUCAGAAUGCGGCAGAGAUUCACGCCAUCAUCUCGGCGUCGAAGCCGCACAUCACGUGGUCUGCAAGGGACGCUAUCCAGGAGGCACGCGAGGCUUGUGGUGGUCAUGGCUAUCUGCGUGCCGCCAAGCUGGGUCAAAUGCGCACCGAUCACGAUCCUCUGUGCACCUAUGAGGGCGACAACAAUGUGCUGGGCCAGCAGGCAUCUAAUUGGCUGCUGCGUCAGUGGAGCGCCAAGGAAUUGGAGACGCCAAUUGGCAGCAUCAAGUUCUUAGAGCAGCGUCAACAGCUGCUCAAGCUGCAGUACGAGCAACUGGUGCAGCAGACUUCAAUCGACAGUUUCGAGUUUGCUUUGACCUGCUACGAAUGGCUUUUGUGCCAUCUUAUGGCUCAUACGAGUGCCCAUAUCGAGGCGCAGUUGGCAGCUGGCGUCCAUCGCUUUGAGGCGCGCAACAACUCGCAGGUGGCGGGAGCCAAGGAACUCUCCUUGGCCUAUGCCGAGUACUUUGCACUGAGCCGGUUUGUUGGUCAUGUGCGUCAAUUGAGUGUGGCGCAACCUUAUGCCCGGGUGCUGCGUCUUCUAUACGAUGUUUAUGCCAUGUGGCUGCUGGAGAAGCACAUGACCACCUUCUAUGUGGGUGGAUUUGCUGUGGGUGCGGCCUUUUCAACGGCAGUGCAGCAGCGUCUGUUACAGAGCUGCGCCCGUCUAAAGGAUGUGGCUGUGAGUGUCGCAGACGCCAUUGCGCCACCUGACUUUGCCCUCAACUCGGUCAUCGCACGCGCCGAUGGAUUGCUCUACGAGAACUUGCAGAACGAAUUUAUGACCAAUGCUGGCGCAUUCCAGAGACCGGAGUGGUGGCGUGAUGUCAUCAUUCCACAGCCCCAGGAGAAAUCUAAACUGUAAUAACCAAACUGAAUGAAGCAAAGAAAAGUGCCUGGGGAGAUAUCUGGGAUCGGCACCCAACUCCCAGUAAUCGUAUUUAUUGUUAUACACUUCAUAUCACAUCAGGUAUUAACACUGUCAUAUUUGAGCAUUACCCUUUUGUUAUCUCUAAGCAAUUGAGAAAAUGUUAAACAUUCUAUUUUUAAAAUGUUCGAUAUUGUACUUUGUGUAGCACUGAAUAUUAAAUCGAUCCCUUCAACUUUA